UAGGAAAAUUAUUCCAAUCCUGUCAAACAUUUUUUAAAAAGUGAAAUGGAAAAUACUUCUUCAAUCAAUGAAGAAAACAUUAAACUUGAAGAACUUGAUUUAGUGAAACAUGAAUUUAUUAAAGAAGAAAUAAUUGAAGUCAAAGCUGAAACAAUAGAAUAUGACAAAGUGAAUUUAAAUGAACAAUUUUUCACGGAUAAUUAUGAACAUAUUAAACUGGAACAACAAUUACAUACAGAACUAAUAAUAAAAGAGGAAGAAAAUGACCUAAAACAUCUACGAAAUGACAAUAGAGACUGUGAUAAAACAUUUAAAUUAAAAAAAUGUCUAACUCAAAAUAAAGCAUUUCGGGGGUGUUUUGUGCCUCUGUGCCCGAAUACUACUUCAAAACAGCCAGAAAAACUUUAUUUUUCCAUGCCAACGGAUAUGGCUAUUAGAAAAAAAUGGUUUGAUCGUGCUCAUCGUAAGGGUCCGAUUGGAAAAAGGAAUUAUUAUUGUUGCGAAGACCAUUUUGUACUGUCAGAGGACAUGAUGGAUUACAUGAGAUUCAAAUUGAUGGGGAAAUUGCAAAAAUUACGAAUCAAAAGAGGCGUGUUUCCACAUUUAUUCGAGUGUCAAGACCGGAAAACAGAAUUUUCUCCUGUGACAACACGCUCUGCACGCAUUGAAUUGUAGCAGAAACGGCUGGUUACUGAAAUGUUACAAGAAUCGAAAAACUAAAAUGUAUAACUUCUAGAUUUAAAUUUACAAAACGGU